GCCCAAACAGAAUGGCCACCACCUCCGCCUAUUACGCAGUGGCGGCCGGCGGCGGGGACGCGGCGUCGCCGUGCCGGGGCGCCCCUCUCAGGCCACGGCCUCCCCCGCAUCGCCUCGCCUUCCUCUCCCGGGCGCCCGCUCGGCGGGCCUCGAUCUCGCUGCCGCCGGGGCCUCGCCGGGCGGGUCUGACAGCGGCGACCGCGGAGGGGAGGGCGGGGACGGGGAUGGAGGACGAGGAGGAGGGGCCGGCGUGGGUGGAGCUGGAGCCGAUCGGCGGCGAGGAGCAGCUGGACCGGGCCCUCGCCGAGGCCCAGCAGCGCGGCGUCCCCAUCGUCGUGUUCUGGACGGCAAGUUGGUGCAGGAAAUGUAUAUAUCUGAAGCCUAAGCUGGAAAAGUUGGCGGCAGAGUACUAUCCGAGAAUCCGGUUUUACUGCGUCGACGUCAAUGCUGUUCCACAGAAGCUCGUGAAUCGUGCAGGAGUAACGAAGAUGCCUUCCAUACAGAUGUGGAGCGACUCCCGGAAGCAGGCCGAGGUGAUCGGCGGGCACGAGUCGUGGAUGGUGAUCGAGGAUGUCCGGAGGAUGGUCGAGCAGGAGGAAUGAAUGAUCCAACGCGGCGAUGGUUUCCGUGGCACGACCGGCCUUUCACACCGCGGUAAAAUGGAGGAAACAAGAUAAGAGGCGGAGUGGAGAAAACAAGAUCGAGAUUGAGCUAUAUGUGUCCAGUUUUGUAUAAUCAUCGCCGCGCGGACGCCUAGGGUUCUUGCUGGGAUGGGGGCUUCGCUUGCUGGGGUCCUCUCUAGGAUUUAGAGGAUUGGAGGGACAUGCUCUUGAUGUAUCUAUCUAUUUUGAGUUUCUGAGAUCAGAAGGCUUUCCAUUAGUCAUCGUUGUAGCAAUAAAAUAAUAUCCAAUCAAUGACCUUGCAGAGAAUUAGAAUACAUGCUGGGUGCUUUGGUGCCAAUUA